AGUGCCAGGAUGCUGACUCUGUUGGUGCCGGCUGCUGCUGCCUUCCUGGGUCCCGUCACAUCCUUCUUGCUCAACUACUGGGUGCACAGGAUGGAAACUUCUCUCCCCUCUCUGGAAGACAGCGCGUGGCUUGGCUUCACGGAGUUGUGGCUGGAGGCUGAAGCAGCCCCUUUCUCAGGCUUUCUGUCACCAGUCUGUCUGGGUUAGGGGAGAGGGGAGUGCGCUCUGUCCUGAAGGCCCAGAAAUGGAAGGACAAGUGGUAGGCCGGGUGUUCAGGCUCUUCCGACGUCGAGCAGGACCGCCCCAGGACAAUUCGGGGGAAGCUUUAAAGGAACCAGAAAGGGCCCAGGAGCACUCUUUGCCCAACUUUGCUGGGGGGCAGCACUUCUUUGAAUACCUUCUUGUGGUUUCUCUCAAAAAAAAGCGUUCACAGGAUGAUUACGAGCCUAUAAUCACCUACCAAUUUCCCAAGCGGGAGAACCUGCUUCGGGGUCAGCAGGAGGAGGAGGAGCGGCUACUCAAAGCUAUCCCCUUGUUCUGCUUCCCAGACGGGAAUGAGUGGGCAUCACUCACCGAGUAUCCCAGGGAGACCUUCUCCUUCGUUCUGACCAAUGUGGAUGGGAGCAGAAAGAUUGGAUACUGCAGGCGCCUCUUGCCUGCCGGCCCUGGCCCUCGCCUUCCCAAAGUGUACUGCAUCAUCAGCUGCAUCGGCUGCUUCGGCUUGUUCUCCAAGAUCCUGGAUGAAGUGGAGAAGAGACAUCAGAUCUCCAUGGCUGUCAUCUACCCGUUCAUGCAGGGCCUCCGAGAGGCAGCCUUCCCUGCUCCUGGGAAGACUGUCACUCUCAAGAGCUUCAUCCCCGACUCAGGCACUGAGUUCAUUUCACUGACACGGCCCCUGGACUCCCACCUAGAACAUGUGGAUUUUAGUUCUCUAUUGCACUGUCUCAGUUUUGAACAGAUACUUCAGAUCUUUGCCUCUGCUGUGCUGGAGAGAAAAAUCAUCUUCCUGGCGGAAGGUCUCAGCACCCUAUCUCAGUGCAUCCAUGCUGCUGCCGCGCUGCUCUACCCCUUCAGCUGGGCGCACACCUACAUCCCUGUUGUCCCUGAGAGCCUUCUGGCCACCGUCUGCUGCCCCACCCCCUUCAUGGUUGGAGUACAAAUGCGCUUCCAGCAGGAGGUCAUGGACAGCCCUAUGGAAGAGGUCCUGCUGGUCAAUCUUUGUGAAGGAACCUUCUUAAUGUCGGUUGGUGAUGAAAAAGACAUCCUGCCACCGAAGCUUCAGGAUGGCAUCUUAGACUCUCUCGGUCAGGGGAUCAAUGAGUUAAAGACUGCAGAACAAAUCAACGAGCAUGUUUCAGGCCCUUUUGUACAGUUCUUUGUCAAGACUGUGGGUCACUAUGCUUCCUAUAUCAAGCGGGAGGCAAAUGGGCAAGGCCACUUCCAAGAACGAUCCUUCUGUAAGGCUGUGACCUCCAAGACCAACCGCCGAUUUGUGAAGAAGUUUGUGAAGACACAGCUCUUCUCACUUUUCAUCCAGGAAGCUGAGAAAAGCAAGAAUCCUCCUGCAGGCUAUUUCCAACAGAAAAUACUUGAAUAUGAGGAACAGAAGAAACAGAAGAAGCCAAGGGAAAAAACUGUGAAAUAAGAGCUGUGGUGAACAAGAAUGACUACAGCUACACACCAUUUCUGGACUUCAGCCCCUGCCAGUGUGGCAGGAUCAGCAAAGCUAUCAGCACCCCCAAAUCCAUAACCUCACUCUGAGUCUUGGUAUCCAGGUAUUGCUUCAAAUUGGUGUCUGACAUUUGGAUCCCUGGUAUCGAUUUCUCAGGACUUUGGAGGGCUCUGACACCAUGCUCACAGAACUGGGCUCAGAGCUGCAUUUUUUGCAGAGGUGACAGGUAGGAAACAGUAGUACAUGUGUUGUAGACACUUGGUUAGAAGCUGCUGCAACUGCCCUCUCCCAUCAUUAUAACAUCUUCAACAGAGAACCCACUUUGUGUUUGAAAGGCUCAGCCUCUCCACAUGAAGAAGUCUAUGGACGUGUAAGGAUGAGAGUAAAGAGGAAAAUCUUAUUUUUA